AUGACGAGGAAAUAUUUCAUAUCAGCCAACUGGAAAUGCAAUGGAACCAAGGAAAAUAUAAAGACCCUGACAACUACAUUUAAUGAGUUGAAUUUUGACCCUUCCAAAUUGGAUGUUGUUAUUUUUCCUGUGAACGUUCAUUACGAAUAUACUAAAAGCUUACUGAACGAAAAGUUUCACACAGGAAUACAGAAUAUUUCGAAAUAUGGAAGUGGAUCGUACACAGGAGAAGUAAGUGCUGAAAUCGCAAAAGAUUUAAAUAUCGAAUAUGUUAUUAUUGGACAUUUUGAAAGAAGAAAAUAUUUCAAAGAAACGGAUGAAGAUGUUAGGGAGAAAUUACAACAAUGUUUAAAAAAUAAUUUGAAAGUAAUUGUUUGUUUUGGUGAAUCAUUAGAACAGAGAGAAAAUAAUUUAACCAUCGACGUUAUCACAAAGCAAGUGAAAAGUUUUGUGGAUUUAAUUGAUAAUUUUGAUAAUGUUGUUUUGGCUUAUGAGCCAAUUUGGGCAAUUGGAACUGGGAAAACAGCAUCACCAGAACAAGCACAGGCUGUUCAUAAAGAAAUUAGGAAUAUAGUGAAAGAAAAGUGUGGAGAAAAACAAGCUAACCAAAUACGAAUUUUAUAUGGUGGUAGUGUUAAUACCGAUAAUUGCUCAUCCCUAAUUAAACAAGAAGACAUUGAUGGGUUCUUAGUAGGUAAUGCUUCUCUCAAACCAUCUUUUGUUGAAAUUAUCAAGAGUGCCAUGUAA